AUGCUGCAAACGAACAAACCGGUUUGGUUAAGUUUCGACCGGCUGCGAGAGUCGUCUAAUAGAUUGGAAGAACGGAGAGAGAGGUUGAAGACGGUGGCGAUGGCGGUGAGACAGAAAGCUAUAGCGACGUUGCCGAAGCUGAUCCGAAGCAUGAGAAAGGAGGUUCCCAAGCAGACAAAUCUCGUUUUGCCAUCUCUGAGAAGAGCCUUCUCUCUCUACGAUCAAAUCAAUCUCAUCGACAAUGUUCCUGAGGAUCAGCUCCGGUUUCAGGAAUUUGAUGAGACGAAUUUCACGGUGAAUGGGGUUAAAUACGAAGGAAGCUUGCUCUGUGUUGGGAAUUUGCUUAUGUCGUGGAGCCCUCGUAACUUCUCCGAGAUCACAACGGAUAGCUUGUCAAUCUUCCAGACUGUUCGACCAAUUCCAGAGCUCUUAGUCAUCGGUUGUGGAAGAUACAACCAGCCACUGAAUCCACAAGUCCGUCAGUUCGUGAAGUCAAUUGGCAUGAAGCUAGAAACAGUUGAUUCUAGAAACGCUGCAUCGACUUACAACAUACUGAAUGAAGAAGGCAGGAUCGUGGCCGCUGCAUUGCUUCCUUAUGGAGUUACAUCCUAA